UACAAAACGCAGUGAGGCCCAUGUCCCUUUUCGUCACCUACUAUACAGACGAAAACGAAGAAAAAUUACAUCAAAAAAAAAAGAUGAGAGGAGUUGGAGGUCCACUGCUCACCAUCGGGGAUCUACUCAGCGACCUCGCCGUCGACGGCGGUGACGACCCCCUCGUCGGCGUCGGAGAUGCGUCCGCCCCCUCCUCUCCAUCGGCGACGCAGCAAGCGGGGAAGGCCGAUCCGUCCGAUCUCAGCCGGCUCUUCGAGGAACACUACAACAAUUUGAUGAAAGCUCUAGAAGAGAAGGAUCCUUCAUGGCCCUCGCUGAUGCUGAAGCUGUGCGCAGCAUUGAAGACUGCAGAUAAGCUGGUGAGUUGCGCGAACAUGAACGCGGAACAGCUGCUGGAGAAGGUGAAGGCGCUGGAGGGCGUCCUUGAGAGGAGCGAUCAUGCGGUGGCAGAGAUUGUAGAAGCUCUCCAGAAGUCUGGCCUCGCCAAGGAUCGUCAAGGUUCCCAAUAAAAAACGGCUAGCAAGUAGUGACAUAGUGCUGUACUGUACUGGUGUCACUUUUUUGUUUAUCAUAUAUCAUGCAAAUCUCUGGGUAUUAAUAGUUGUAUGUCGACCUGUGCCUCCACAGCUUUGCAAUCUGCCCUUGCUUUACACUCUUGGUUGUGUUUAUCCUGUCAGACGUAGUGGGUAGAGGCUAAAUUUGGAGUACAAGCUCCUUUCUUCUUGGAUCAUUAUUAGCUUGGUUUCCUGAUUAGAGUAGGUAUGUUCAGGUCUGAAAUCAACUCAAAAUUCUUGAGCAGAAAGAAACUAAAAACGUCUGAUUGAGUACGGUUUGUGAAA